AUUAUUUCACUGUCACUGACUCUGGGUCAGUUUUCUACUCGUGGACUUUAGAGAGAAGAAGAUUCAGGAUGAUACUGAAUAAAUCGAGCAAUUGACUGAGGUCACCUGUCAAAGGAAAGUCUGAGAGAGUGAAAAAGAGAGAGAGAGAGAGAGAGAGAGAGAGAGAGAGAGAGAGAGAGAGAGAGAGAGAGAGAGAGAGAGAGAGAGAGAGAGAGAGAGAGAGAGAGAGGGAGAGAGAGCGAGAGAGAGAUUUGAUUUUUGAAACCUUUAUUUUCAAAAUGUAUACAAUGUAUCAAUGGAUCUGUACAGGACGUUUCAGAACAAUACUAAAACCUACCUAGAAAGUAAUAUUAAAUAUUAAAACAUCAUCAACCACAGAACACACUACAUCAGUAAAACACCACUGUUUGAUGAAGCCGUCCAUGUCCUUCAUUCCUUUAAAAAAACUAAAAUCUACCCACACUCUUGCUUUCAGCAGCGAGAUAAAAACAGGAAGAGCCUCUUGUCCUGCCCUGUCCUCCACUCUGUUCUUCCUGCUGCUGUAAAUGGACAUUUUAGCUUCUCCUACAAUCCAACUUAAAAGUUUCCAUUUGCACUCAUUUGAUUUCCUGUAUCCUACUCCUAAAAUGAAGGCCUUCUUACUCCACGUCUCCCCAAACUGUUUAAAAACCUUCUGCAGUGUAUUAAAAAGGAAACAGAGUCUUUCACAUUCAUAAAAACCAUGGAACACUGUCUCUGCUGCUCCACAAAAAGGACAAUUGUACUUGACUGUUGGGUUGAGGAUGUGUAACGUGUAAUGUGUAGUGUUUUCUGUAAAACUGUUAGAUCUCUGUUUUGUGUUUUAAGUUCUUUUCAUGUGUGCUCUCGGUUUCUAUUUCCUGUUUUCUUUGUAUUCCCUGUUCCUUGUGGGUUGUUUCUGUCUUCACUUCCUGUCUUGAUGAUUGCCUGUCUAACUCCUUAUGUGUUGCACCUGUGGCCAAUUACCCCUGCCUUCCCUGUGUAUAUAAGCCUCUGUCUUUCCCUUUGCCCUUGUCGGAUUGUUUGUUCAUCUACCCUCUGUCGUCCAUGGUGCUGUUCUGUGUUCUUGUCCUGAUCCCCUGAGCCUCUUCACUUUGAACCCCUCUCGUAAGCUUCCUUGUGUUUUUGUUUAGUUAGAGUUUAGUUUAGUUAUUUUUACAUUAAAUACGUUUUUUGUUAAACAUCUCUGCAUCUGGGUCCAUCUACCUUCCUCAAAUGUGACAUGAUGGAUAUAAAACUGUUAACCGCAGUGGCUCCGUGUAAAAUCCUCCACUGCAGGUCACCACUCCUCUUCCUUAGAGGUGGUUUGUAUAAAACCCUCCACACCGGUUUGUCCUUGAUGUCCAGAUCCAGUCUCCUCCUCCACACCGUGUCAGGCCUCACAUCCAGCUUGCUUCUGUUCAGGGUUAAAACACAGCAUUCAUAGAUGGCUCUCCCUUUUGCUGUGUACAGGUCCACUUGCUUCCAGUCUGUUUUAUUUAAAAAAGGUCCUGAGAGCCCAUCCAGAUCUAGAUUAAAACCUAGCUCCGGAAAGGGGUCGCUGUCGUCAGGGGUUUCAAUUCCAUCAGAGUAUUCCUUAAGAAGAGAGUUUGUAGGUUCCAGCCUUUUCAAUUAAAAAAGGCUCCAUGUCUUAAAAAGUGACUGAUAAAAAGGAGAUAAUCCAUACAUGUUAAAAAGCUUAAAAUCCAUUAAGAACAGUGGCAUGUCUAAAACCAGCCCAGUUGUCUCCCUCAGGAUGCUGCUUGUCACUUGUCUCCAAACAUCCUGUGGACCUACGAGAUAUUUCUGUAAAAACUGUAAUCUAAAAGUGGAUAUUCUACUCUGAAUGUGCACCAGCCCUUGCCCCCCCUCCUCCUUUGGUAAAAACAACACACACUGGGGCACCCAGUGCAACCUGUCCCAAAAGAAGUCUGUUAAAAUGGCUUGUAGUUUCAUUACUAAGCCUUUCAGUGGUUCCAUGCAGGCCAGUCGAUGCCACAGAGCAGAGGCCAGUGGCGAAACUACCGGGGUGGCAAGGGGUGGCAGCUGCCACCCCCCAAAAAAUGCUUGCCACCCCACUUGCCACCCAGGUUGUUAGAAGUGUCUCCAAUAUACAUUUAUUGAAUGGUAUUAUAUUUUUUGCUACUGAAGCUGUUGAUCUCAUUGGUAACUUGUUUAAGUUUAAGAACUAAAAUCUUUAUGUCCCCCCCCCGUAAAAUGGUUGAGUCCAUGAAUCCUAUUUGCUCUCUUCUCACCGUGCGCAUCUGCCGCUUCAUUCAAAUGAAGACAGAAACGGUUUGAAAGCCAAAGAACUGGAGACAAGCCAACUGUAUGCUUGCAGUGAUGAAAAAAGGUACAGUACAGCUGAAACUUGAAUCAAGAAAAUGUGAUGGGUGGUCAUAUGUGAUAGACAAUUCCGUUGUAAUUUCAAUCGUUUAUUUAAUUGCUAGCUUGCAAAAGACGAUAGGACUAGUAGCUAGCUCGCUAUACAGCUGCAUUAAAAUGUGAGAGGAUGACUCGGUUAUAUGCUAUAGACCCUAUUGUGUAUGUGGUAUAAAGGCUGGGACGAAUUUCGAAUUAUAAAUAUGUUAACUGUUUUCAUUAGCGAUUGGUAUAAAUAAAUACAUAUAGACACCAGGCAUGUGUGUUUCCAACAAUAAAAAUACUUGACUUGACUUUGUGUGUGUGAUUUGCCACCCUUGAAUUUAACUUGCCACCCUUCUGCCACCCCAUGUGAAAUUUUCUAGAAUCGCCACUGGCAGAGGCCACCAGGUUAUUUAAAAUCAUUGUUCUGCCUCUGUAGGAUAAUUGUGGUUUCAGCCAUUUCCACUUGCUGAGCCUCCCUUGCAUUUUCUCAGCCACUCCCUCACACUUCUUCUGAACCAUGGACUCAUUGCUGACAUAAACUCCGAGGUAUUUGAGACCGUCUCUCCUCCAAGUCAACCCCCCCGGCAGACUUGGUAGACCCCCUUCCCACCUUCCAACUGCCAACGCUUCGCUUUCCCCCCAGUUAACUCUAGCAGCUGACAUUGUUUUAAAAUCACUUCCAGAGGUACAGGUGCUCAACCCGGUCAAAAGCCUUUUCCUGGUCCAGAGAAAUGAGCCCAGUUUUUAUGCCUAAUGAACUAGAGAAGUCCACAAUAUCACGAAUCAAGGACACGUUGUCCAGGAUAGACCUACCAGGCACACAGUAAGUCUGGUCUUGAUGAAUUACUUCUCCCAUCACCUCCCUCAGACGGUUAGCCAGCGCUUUGGACAGGGUCUUAUAGUCAGUACAUAGCAGCGACACCGGACGCCAGUUCUUGAUCUCCUGAAGGUCUCCUUUCUUUGGCAGGAGAGUUAUCACUGCCCUCCUGCAGCUUAUCGGCAGCACCAAGUCGCUAAAACUCUCGUUAAAAACAGUUAAAAGAUCUUCCCCCAUCUCGUUCCAGAACACAAAAAACUCAACUGGAAAGCUGUCGAUGCCCGGGGCCUUCCCCCCCGCCAUGCUCUGCAGGGCCGUGUAGAGUUCCUGCAUCGACAGGGGGCCGUCCAACCUAGUGUUCACGUCUUGGGGGACUUUGGGCAGCUCUCCACAGAAGGAGUCAAACAGGCCAUUGUUCUCAGUGUACUCAGUCUUGUACAGGUCCUUAUAAAAACUCACGGCUCUCUUCCGGAUCUCUUUGCUGUCGCUGAGUUCUUCUCCUUCAGGAGAUCGAAGAGUGUGGAUCUGCUUUGUCUGUUCUUCUUUUCCAGUCCAAAGAAGAAUUUAGUCGGUGCAUCCAUAAGCGCUGCCGUCUGGAACCGUGACCUGACCAGCGCCCCCUGGGCCUUCGUGCCCAGUAGGUCUGCAAGAGCAGAUUUUUUAGAGAGACCUCUUCACAGCAUCUCUGGCUCCAUUUACGUUCAAAGAACUUAUAUUUAAAAGACUCAUAAUGAAAAAUAUAAAAAACCCACAAAAAAAACAGGACAGAUUGGUAAUCAGGAUGUACUUUAUUCAUCAUCAUCAUCAUCAUUGUUUUUCUGUUGUAUAAUUCUCUCAACAAUUUUCUUUAGUCAGUAUACCUCCUGGUCAGUGAAACCUCCUCUGCCUUUGCUGCUCAUGUGCAGCCGGGCAGAGUUUGAAAACUGCUCUUUAUCAGAGAAGUAAUCCUCUACUACCCUUAAGCUUGGUGUCCCUCUUUCCCUGCUGAAACACUUCUCCUCCACUCUGAUCUUGAACACCAGGUUCAGAUCCUCAGUCCUGUUAUUAAGAAUCAUAAACAGAUGUCUACUGUGGGACACCACGUUUUUGAGCAACGGGGACUUGCAUCCUGAGGACACUUUCUUAAUCUGAGACACGAUCUUACCGUGUCUCGCUAAUUCUCUCAACAACGUCUCAUCUCUAAUGAACGGAGGGACGUUGGACAGAGUCACUUUUACCGCCGGUGUGGCGAGAGGCAGAACAGACACGAAGGUAUCGUUCACUUCAAUCCUGUUCUCCACCACCGUGUUCACCUUCUCUACGCUGUCCAGAAAAAUGACAACACACCAGUAAUACAAACUAUGAAGCCCUGCAUCUAUUUCACAAUAAAAACAUUUAAAAACAAAUGAAUUGAUUCAUUUGACAGAAACACUGCAGUGUUUUUAUUUUGAAUUGGGUCGGCUACAGGAAGUGUUGCAAAUAUUUGUGUUUGAGACGUUUUCAACAGAUAAACCUUGAAACUGGUGAGAAAGAUCAUUUCACUGUGUUCUGCUGUAAACUGAGCACAGAACCAGAGGAAAUAGACCAGACCUUGAAUAUCUAGAAGAGCAGCGUGGCCUGAACCACAACUGAGCCGCAGCCGGUGCAACAUGGACGAGGACACUUCAGAGCAAGUUGGACCCUCACACACAAAAGUUCAGGACCACAGACUGAGAGCAGAGUCUCCAGGGUCCAGCUGUCUGUCUCUGAAGAGUGACUGGUCCAUGGGAGAUCCUCCAAACUUCAGUAAAGAACCUGGACCCUCACCCACAGAGGAGAGGAAGAGGAGUCAUGUUUCUGAGGAGGAGCAGUCGUCCUGCUGUGCUUCGUGUCAGGACGUCCUGAAGGAUCCAGUCUCCACCAGCUGUGGACACUGGUUCUGCAGACAGUGCAUCACCUCAUACUGGGACCAGUCUGGUUCUUCAGGAGACUCCUCCUGUCCCCAGUGUGGACAAAGAUCCAGAACAGGAGCUGGAGCAGAUCGUGGUCUGCAGGAGGUUUCAGAUGAACAUAAGCUCAGUGUGAGGAGGAGAUGUGAACAUGUGACUGAAGGAAGUGAUGAAACAGGAAGUAGAACCCUCCUCAACAGGAUCUACACUGAGCUCCACAUCACAGAGGGACAGAGUGAAGAGGUUAAUACUCAACAUGAGGUGAGGCAGCUUGAGACGGCUUCCAAGAAGAAGAUCCUCCAGGACACUCCCAUCAAGGUCCACGACAUCUUCAAAGCCUCCACUGACCAGCAGAGCAGCAUCAGAGUCGUCCUGACCAACGGCGUCGCUGGAGUUGGAAAAACCUUCUCGGUGCAGAAGUUCACUCUGGACUGGGCAGAGGGUUUAGAGAACCAGGAUGUGGGUCUGCUGGCUGUGCUUUCGUUCAGGGAGCUGAACCUGGUGAAGGACCAGCAGCACAGUCUUCUCACGCUGCUCCAUGUUUUCCAUCCAGCGUUACAGAAGCUCACGGCAGAGACGCUCGCUGUCUGUAAACCUUUGUUCAUCUUUGACGGCCUGGAUGAAAGCAGACCUUCUCUGGACUUCAACCACAGGGAGCUUGUGUCUGAGGUCACACAGAGGUCAUCAGUCAACGUGCUGCUGACAAACCUCAUCCGGGGGAAUCUGCUUCCCUCGGCUCUCGUCUGGAUAACCUCCAGACCUGCGGCGGCCAAUCAGAUCCCUCCUGCAUGUGUUGACAGGGUCACAGAAGUAAGAGGCUUCACUGAGGCCCAGAAGGAGGAGUACUUCAGGAAGAGAUUCAGUGAUGAAGAGUUGUGCAGCAGAAUCAUCUCACACAUCAAGACGUCCAGGAGCCUCCACAUCAUGUGUCAAAUCCCAGUCUUCUGCUGGAUCAGUGCUACAGUUCUGGAGCACAUGUUGACCACAGACCAGAGAGGAGAGCUGCCCAAGACCCUGACUGACCUGUACUCACACUUCCUGCUGGUUCAGACAAAGAGGAAGAACAACAAGUACGGUGAGGGACAUGAGACGAGUCCACAGCAGCUGACGAGGGCUGACAGGGACGUUCUCCUGAAGCUGGGGAGGCUGGCACUUCAACAUCUGGAGGAAGGAAACAUCAUGUUCUACCAAGAAGACCUGGAGCGGUGUGGUCUUAAUGUCACAGAGGCCUCGGUGUACUCAGGAGUUUGUACUGAGAUCUUCAGAAGAGAGUGUGUGAUCUUCCAGAAAUCAGUCUACUGCUUUGUUCAUCUGAGCGUUCAGGAGUUUCUGGCUGCAGUCUACAUGUUCCACUGUUACACCAAGAGGAACAGAAGAGAACUCAACAACUUCUUGGGACAUUAUGGGAACACAAACAGUACCUUCACCCUGAAUGACCUCCUGAAGAGAACCAUGAAGAAAUCCCUCACCAGUACAAAUGGUCAUCUGGACCUGUUUGUUCGCUUCCUUCACGGCCUCAGUCUGGAGUCCAACCAGAGAGUCUUAGGAGGCCUGCUGGGUCGGACAGAGAACAAUCCAAAGAUCAUCCAGAGAGUCAUCAACAACCUGAAGGAGAUGCAGAGUGAUGACAUUUCUCCUGACAGAAGCAUCAACAUCUUCCACUGUCUGACUGAGAUGAACGACCACUCAGUUCAUCAGCAGAUGAAACAGUUCCUGACGUCAGAGAACAGAUCAAAGGAGGAACUCUCUGGCAUCCACUGCUCAGCUCUGGCCUACAUGCUGCAGAUGUCAGAGGAGGUUCUGGAUGAGUUGGACCUGAAGAAGUUCAACACAUCAAUCCAGGGUCGACUGAGACUGAUCCCAGCUGUGAGGAACUGCAGGAAGGCUGAACUCGAUGGUUGUGAACUCUCAGAGACUCACUGUGAAGUUGUGGCCUCAGCUCUGAAGUCAGACCCCUCACAUCUGAGAGAACUGGAUCUGAGUAUCAACAAGCUGCAGGAUUCAGGAGUGAAGCUGCUGUGUUCUGGACUGGAGAGUCCAAACUGUCGACUGGAGACUCUGAGGUUGAAGUGCUGCAGUCUGUCAGAGAUCAGCUGUUCUUCUCUGGCUUCAGCUCUGAGGUCAAACCCCUCUCAUCUGAGAAAACUGGAUCUGAGUAGAAACUACCUGCCAGACUCAGGAGUGAAGGAGCUGUGUGGUUUUCUACAGAGUCCAACCUGUCGACUGGAGACUCUGAGGUUGUGGAACUGCAGACUGACAGAGAUCAGCUGUUCUUCUCUGGCUUCAGCUCUGAGGUCAAACCCCUCUCAUCUGAGAGAACUGGAUCUGAGGUUCAACGACCUGCAGGACUCAGGAGUGAAGGAGCUUCUUGAUCUACAGCAGAGUUCAACCUGUCGACUGGAGACUCUGAGGUGGAGAUGAGUGUGAAGAGGACAGUGUGUGUGGACGGAGGCUGAGCUGUGUCCUGAGGAUCCAGAGGCUGAAGCAGCAGCAGCUUGUGUGUAGUCUCCAAUCUACACAACCCCUAAUCUGCAUGUGUUUGUGAGAUGAAGCCGGAGCACCUGGAGAAAACACGGGGAGAACAUGCAGACUCCACACAGGAAGACCCCAUCUGAACCGGAUUCAAACCAGCAACCUUCCUGCCCCGAUUGUGUUUAUUCACAUGAAGAAUGUGUUUAUUGAAAUGACACAACACAGGCAGAAUAUAUAAACUCUCUGUAAAGAGUCACAUACAGUGUGUUUAAGUUUGUCUUUGUUAUUGUCCACCUUUGUCCCUCAGUGUGUCUCCAUGUGUGUAGAACCACAUUCUGUGUAUAUGUUUGUUUAUGAUCUUAAAGUUCCUGGAUUCACGUCACAAAUUGAUUUAGUUCAACACAAAGUUAAACACAAUCAAAUCACUUUGAGUUUAAAAUCUGAGUUUUGUCUUUGGAUCAUUUCCUCUGUGACAAACCAGAUGUAACGAGAAGAAAAACAUCUCAGAGAGAAAAGUUCUGUUUCUACUUGUCUCUGCUUUAAUGCUCAAUAAACAUCCUUCCACCGAC